AAUUGAAACUGAAACCAUAUAUAUUACAGAUAACAAAGACGAGGCAGUUUCCCCCAGAAACCUGAGCGUCCGUGUGACAAAAGCUGGCGUUUUGAAUACCUUGUUUAUCAUCUUCCUAUAAUGUAAAGGAUUGACAGUCGGAAUACCACAACCAAAACUACGUUUGGACAGAGGGUGUCAAGUGUCAACGUACCACCAUCAAAUUGCAGUUAGAAAGUUCUUACGUCACACUGCGACUUUAUCACAAUUGCCCUUAGACAUUUUUCUUACAAGGCGGAAUAAAGCACUGCAAUAUCCAGUUUUGUAAUAUAUCCUUAGUGUCAGAACAAGACAGGAAAAUGUCAAUCUCAGGGUGCUGUGGCCACUUUUUCCUGUUUUUGACAAUCGAUUUUCUUGACGUUUUAGGAGACUUCAUAUUUUACGCUCAGCUGGAGGGUUUGAAGAAACUUUUGAUUCGCGAACGGGUCCCUGAGUCAUGUGCUGUUUCGUAUGCUGUGUUGACGUUCGCAAUCGUCGGUUUCUUUAUCUUCAUCACGCAGACGGUGGUCUCAGCACUGAAAACGUUUAAGGGGAAGGAAAUAGACUUGUAUGUUGAUCUCUUAUCAGCUAUUGGGAUUUGGUGUGCAGAUCUACCACAAAUUACACUGAACGUGUACGUUGCGGCAUGUCAAAAGGAGCUUGUAAGCAAUGUACAAAUUAUCAAAGGCGUAGUGAUUUUGGUAGCGGUUUUCAUUAGUUUCCUCAUACUUCUUAUCCUCUCUAUUGUUGCAAAACACAAACAUUGUGCGAUUAGAACUUUGGGUUUGAUCGGUGCCUUAACAAUUUCAAUCAUCGCAAUAUUUUUGUCUUGCGUAUUUAUCUUGCACCAUCUCAAAGAUGGAAAACUGGUGCGCACUAAAAGCUAUAGGUAUUUCGAAACCGUAGGUGAUUUCGUCAACCAAAAAUUUCUGUUUCCAGGGAGGAUUAUCAGAUCCCAUAGGGAUGAAAGAAACAAAUGUGUGAGAUUCUCGGAUCGUGGACACAUGACACAGAAACAAAAUCUGCUAGGCAAAGAAUGUUAUAGGCCUAACCUAACUCGCUUAAACAACGACGACAGUUUUGUAGAAAGUCACGAACUUCUGGUUUCCACUUGCUUAAAUCUUCACACGUCAGAAAACACCGCCGUCUUUGUCUUCCGAUUUCAUUUUAUUAAACCGAUUCACGGCUUUUUCAACAAUUCUAAAAUCUUUGGUGACAUCUCACUUAUUGUAAAGCCAGACAUCAUGGGGCCUAAUGUCACGUCGACUCGUGGGCAAAGGGAGCUAACCGAUAUUCCGGUCAAUCCAGUGCGUUAUUUCCGGUACUUUUCAAACUCGGGAAACCUUGUCCACCAGACGUCGCUGACUGACAUAAAGGACGUUUGGCGUACAGGCUACUACCAGUGUGAGAGUACAGGAAACCUAUAUCCAACAAGGGACACCACCUUGAAAAUUGACACUGGCGAUUUGUAGGUAGGUGAGGGCAUAUUCAAGGAAAUGUUUUAUGUUUUAAAAUUACCCUGACAUUAAAGUCCUUCAAUUUACUUCAACAUUCAGGCAUGGCAAUUCUCCGCCGAUCGGCGGAUUUCCGCCGUUUUUAAAAUUCUAGAGGGCCAUUUUUCUAAAACGUUAAAUUUCGCUAAAAAAAAAAUUAAAAAAAUAGGGUGGGUAAUGUACCGUAACUUCAUCGGUCCGUGCAUUCUAGGCACGGUUGGUGCGUACUGUCAGAGAGCGCUCUGUUGUAUCCUUCUAUUUUAAGAAGCCUUGGGUUGGGUUUGAAACGGCUGUUUUCAUUGGUUCAGGGGUCAUUCCUCCAGCCAAUCACUCGAUCUGUUCUAUUCAAUUUCGCGCUAUGUUACAAAUCGAAAAUGGCGAAAACUUUGACAAGAGACCAGGUAUCGGCUGUCCGAGAAAUUGAUAAGACUGUUCGCAACAAAUUUAGAUGGGAGUGGCUUGACAGAAGCGUUACAGUUCGAGUAAAAAUCGGAAAGAAUUUCGAAGACGUAACAGAGAAGUUGUCAAACUUUGUGAAAAAGUGCGACAUCCCUGGUAAAGCACUCUGCACCUACUGCAACGACAUCAUCAACUACGGCUCUAGGGGAUGCGUUGCAUUGACAAACCAUG